CUCACGUGCCGAAACCAUAGCAACCGUGAGGGAACAACAGCCACCUGAGAACAAUGGGGGGGAGGACGGUUUCGAGUGACGUCACUGCUUCAGCAGGUAGUCUCGGGGCGUGUCCUCGGAGGUUUCUUAAAGGGUCUCCCCAUCAGAAGAAAGCGAUAAGACGCACGCGCGGCCGGAUCAUCUACCUGUGAACAUGGCGCCCGCGCGGAUCCUCGGAGUCCUGCUGCUGCUUUUCUGCUGCUUCUCUCUGACGACAUCCAAAGAAUCUCGAUUAUUUUUAGGGCGCGAAGACCCUGAAGUCUCGAAUCAAUACAUCACAACUGAAGAAGCUGUGAAGACUCUGAAGAGCCCCCUGACCACUGUUUUCUUCCCGAUCAUCUACAUCCUGGUGUUCGUGGUGGGACUUCCCGCGAAUGGAAUGGCCAUCUGGGUGUUCCUCUUCAGGACCAAGAAGAAGCACCCUUCCUCGAUCUACAUGGCCAACCUGGCUCUGGCCGACCUUCUGUUUGUCGUCUGGCUGCCUCUGAAAAUCUCUUACCACAUAAACGGCAACGACUGGACCUACGGGGAGCCGCUGUGCAAAGUCCUUACCAGCUUCUUCUACGCCAACAUGUACUGCUCGGUGCUGUUCAUCACCUGCCUCAGCGUGCAGCGGUACUGGGUCGUGGCACACCCUCUAUCUAUGCAACGGAAAAACAACAAAAUUGCGAUUGGCGUCUGCGUGGGCGUUUGGAUUUUUAUUUGGCUCACUACCACACCGUUAUACCUGUACGACCACACGGUGAAGCUCAAAGACCCCAAUGUGACCACUUGCCAUGAUGUGAGCAUCAUUAAAGACCCUAAUUACCCCUUCGGCUCCAUCGAGCUCCAAUUCUACUACUUCAUCUUCAUGGGUCUGGUAGUGUUCCUGGUCCCGUGUUUGGUGACCAUCGUGGCGUACAUCCUCCUACUGAGAACACUAGGGGGCAACAAGGAGGACGACACGGCGUCAAAGAAACGACACAAAGUAGUUGUUCUGAUCAUCGUGGUCUUGGUGACGUUCCUGGUUUGUUUCAUCCCCAGCAACAUCAUGCUGGUGUUGCAUUACUCCCUGGUGAAAGACGGGAUCGGAGGGAACAGUUACAGCUUCUACAUCUCCACCCUGUGCCUGUCGAGCCUCAACAGCAUCCUGGACCCGUUCAUCUACUACUUUGUGUCCGAGGACUUUAGGAACCACGUGAAGAACACGCUGCUCUGCAGGAGCAGCCGGACUGUGGAGAGAAUGAGAGUCUCCUUCAGCUCCAUGAAAUACUCUAAAAAGAACAAGGCGUACAUAUCGGAAUCGGGAACCACACAGACCAGCACCUUGUAGCGUGAAGCCCUGAUUGUCAGAUUGACCCUGAUACUUGAACUAGCGUAACUCUUUGACUGUUUAGGAAAUUAAAGGGGCCUUUACCAUGCAAAAUCAACUUUUUGACCUUUAAAGUGAAUUAUAAUAUUUAGUUCUCACUAUAAACAACCCCAAAAUGGUAUUUUGAUCCAUUCACGGAUUUCUGAGUGAGCCUCUUAAAACCUACGCUUUCAGUACUAGCUCCUCUUAACUCACAUAAACAGGCGGGUUCUCACGUGCUGAUGUCACAAAUUGAGAACAACCCCUUUCAGAAGGAGUCUGCCAGAACCGCCCAUAGGCUUAUAUGAGCACCCAAUUUCUCCACGAAGCUAGCGGUGAUCAGCCACGACCUUUGUCUCUCAGCUAGUGGUGAUUAGACUCGAGUUUCACUGCUCAGCUAGUGGUGUUUAGCCACUAGCUUCGCCACACAGCUAGCAGUGAUCAGCCGCUAGCCCUGGCCAUCGCUACAACCAUUGUAACGAUGACCAGGGCUACUAGAGGCAGAUAUACAGUAUGCACAUCCAUCUUUGCAAAAGUUGAGAUGUUGUUUGUUUUUGUCGAUCCCGAGGCCGGUUCUAGGAUGACGUCAUUAAAUGGGCGGCAUUCAUAAUCAGCAAAAGGCGGAGCCUCAGAUAUAAUUUUACUUCUGGGUAGGAAAAAAAAGCCAUAAAAGUAACUCAUAUUUCAUUAAUGAUGUCUUAUUUCGUAAUAAAUGAUCCUAUUUAUGUAUAUAGUUUACUCAGAAAGAAAACAUUUAAUGUAAUUCCAGCAGAUACUGAAGCAGACAAAAAUGUUUUUGUAGUGGAGUCAAGCUGGUUUAUGUUGAUUGCAUAAACACUUUACUACGAUAAAGUGUUACCUGUUGUUCAAACAUGCUUUUCGUAGCUUCAGAAUCAGCUGGAAUUGUGUAAACGGUUGAAGAGUUACAGUAAUUCAAGGAAUUACUAACAUUGUGUUGUUAAAGGGUUAACAAAGCUCAAGUUAUAUAAUGUGAAUUUUACUUGGAUGUAAAUAUGUUUUGAAAAUAUGUUUAAUAUGUGUUUUACAUUGUAAAUAAAUGUGUAAAAUGCCUGUUCAA